UGGACUGAGCAGCCAGUCCACGAGGCAAGGGGGAGAGCAGUUAAGGCACCAGCCACUCCACGCAGACCCCCAGCUCCCUCCUGCCUGAAGAUGUUCCACCAAAUUUGGGCAGCUUUACUCUACCUCUAUGGCAUUCUCCUUAACUCCAUCUACCAGUGCCCUGAGCACAGUCAGCUGACAACUGAAGGACUAGAUGGGAAAGAGUUCCCAGAGCCCCACCUGGGCCGGUGGUACUUUAUCGCAGGGGCAGCUCCCACCAAGGAGGAGUUGGCGACUUUUGACCCUGUGGAUAACAUUGUCUUCAACAUGGCCGUGGGCUCUGCCCCCAUGCAGCUCCAGCUUCGAGCUACCAUCCGCACGAAAAAUGGGCUCUGUGCGCCCCGGAAAUGGAUCUACCACCUGUCUGAGGGGAGCACAGAUCUCAGAACCGAAGGCCGCCCUGACAUGAAGACCAAGCUCUUCUCCAGUGCAUGCCCAGGCGGAAUCAUGCUGAAAGAGACAGGCCAGGGUUACCAGCGCUUCCUCCUCUACAAUCGCUCACCACACCCUCCGGAGAAGUGUGUGGAGGAAUUCCAGUCCCUGACCUCCUGCCUCGACUUUAAGGCCUUCUUACUGACUCCCAGGAAUCAAGAGACCUGUGAGCUGUCCAGUAACUGACCUGUGGCUUCAUCUGUGCCCCCCAGAUGGAUACAGUAGGAACUGAGAUUGUGGUGGGGGGAGAAGCUGGAGACUCUUAACUCUCUUUCAAGAAUAAAAAUGAUUUUUCAAUCCUCA